AUGGAAAGCGCCGUCACGAUCCACCAUGGCCCCUACGAAUCCAUCCCUCCCACCGCUUCACCAGGUCUUAAAUUUCUCCAACGAUUCCUACCAGCACUAGACUCCCUAAGUCCCACCGAAAAUCAAAUCACGCCUUUCUUCACACCCAGCGCUCCCAUCCUCGUCGGCAGCGAUCCACCAACAGCCGCAAACCAGGCCGUUAUUCUCCUCGAAGUGCGCAGCCAUCAUAUGUGCAAAUUCCAUCACGAUGUUCAUCUCGCCUGGGAUAUAGAUCUCGGAAGGGACAUAGGCCCCGUGGAAACAUCGUAUAAGAGGACCGCCCCAGAUGAAGAGACCGCCCAGAAGGGACAGCUCUAUGCCCCGCUAGCAGGGAACAUACAAAUGAAGCGCACAGUCAUGUUUGAAGCAACAUCCGAAUCAGUAUUCGCUGCCGACCCUGACCAGUUCCCAGUCCGCAUUCGCGAGUUUAACGUGCUUGAUCUGGAAGGUCGUGAUGAGUCGGAUUUGCAGAUUGUUGAAAUGCGGAUCUUUUUGGAUCAGAGGCCUAUCCAGGCCCAUUCUGCAAAUUUGUUUACGGGGGCAACUUACGGAUCCUAG